CAUCCUGAGCUUUUUAGUUUUAGAUUCUCUGCGAACAUGGAUUUUACAUUUUCCUUGGCAACUUAUUUAGUCCUAGUGGUGACGGUUCUUUAUAUUUUAAGCAACUGGAAGAGAAAAGCUUUGAACAAUUUUCCCCCGGGACCCAAAGGCUGGCCCCUGGUUGGAAAUGUAUUCAGUAUUGACUUAAAAAAGCCUCAACGGACUUACAUAGAGCUGUCUAAAAAAUAUGGCCCAGUGUUCAGUGUGCAGAUGGGCAGGAAGAAAAUGGUGAUUUUGGUUGGAUAUGAAACGGUUAAAGAUGCUCUUGUUACCCACGCUGAGGAGUUUGGGGGCAGAGCGUAUAUUCCAGUCACUAAGGAUUUAGAAAAGGGUCUGGGGAUGAUAUUUUCAAAUGGAGAAAACUGGAAAGCGAUGAGGAGAUUUACUAUCACAACCCUGAAAGACUUUGGGAUGGGCAAGAGCACCAUAGAAGAGACAAUUGCCCAUGAAUGCAGUUACCUGGUUCAAUAUUUUGCAUCUUUUAAAGGGAAGCCAUUUGAUAACUCCACCAUAUUAAUUACAUCAGUGGCCAACAUCAUUGUGGCAAUAUUACUUGGACAUCGCAUGGAGUAUGAAGACCCAGUAUUUCUUAGACUUGUUAAUUUGAACAGUGAAUAUGUUAAACUUCUUGGAUCUCCCAUGGUUACGAUUUAUAAUAUGUUUCCUGCCCUUGGAUUUCUACCCGGUUGCCACAAAACAGUUAAGAAGAAUUUGAAAGAACUCUAUGCAUUUCUUAAGAGAACAUUUGUGGAAUAUCAAAAAAAUUUUGAUAUACAUGAUCAGAGGAGUUUCAUUGAUGUGUUUCUGGCACGACAAAAAGAGGAAGCAAAACACCCGGAGACAUACUCAUACUUUCAUAAUGAAAACUUGGUCAGACUCGUAAGGAACUUGUUUUCAGCAGGAAUGGAAACAACAUCUACCGCCCUCCGAUGGGCUCUGCUUUUGAUGAUAAAGUAUCCAGAUAUUCAGGAAAAGGUCCAUGAUGAAAUAGCAAGAGUAAUUGGGUCGGCGCACCCCACCUACAGUCACCGCACACAAAUGCCCUUCACAAAUGCUGUUAUACAUGAAAUGUUAAGAUUUGCUGAUAUAGUUCCACUCAGUGUACCACACGAGACAACCAGGGAUGUGCACUUCAAAGGAUAUUUUAUUCCAAAAGGCACCUAUAUCAUCCCAUUGCUGACUUCUGUUCUGAAAGACAAGACCCAGUUUGAUGCACCCGAACAGUUCAACCCAAAUCAUUUCCUGGAUUCCGAGGGGAAUUUUCUGAAGAAAGAAGCCUUUAUGCCAUUUUCAGCAGGCCGCAGAGCUUGCCCAGGAGAGAUAUUGGCAAGAAUGGAGCUGUUCAUAUUCUUCACAAGCCUUCUACAGAAAUUCUCCUUCCGCCCACCGCCCGGUGUCACCAACAUUAAUUUAUCUUCCGAUGUGGGAUUCACAAGCGUGCCACUGGAGGGCAUGAUCUGUGCCAUUCCCCGCGCCUGAAAGAUCAAAAUUCAUUAUCUUAAAGGAAAACUAUCCCCCGAACAAUGUAGGUCUCUAUAAAAAUAUAUUGCAUAAACAGCUCAUAUGUAAAACCCUGCUCCAUCUAAAUAAACCAUUUUCAUAUAAAUAUACUUGUUUAGCAGUAUGUGCCAUUGGGUAAUCCUAAACUGCCAUUUUAAGUACUAAAGGCCGCCCCCUGGGAUCAUAGGAUUCACGGUGCAACAAACAACUUAAGGGCACACAUACAUGGUAGGUUACAUGAGACAAUUAAUUUACUUAGUUCUGUCUUUUGCUCCCACACUACUUCCUGUUACAGUUAGAGCUGCAUCACUUCCUGUCAGCUGAUCUCUGAGGGAACACACAGCCCAUCACUAAAUGGCGGCUCAAGGGAAAGGAUGUAAAAGGGCAAUAUUUACUGAUAUAUAUAUUCCAGUUUGGGGAGAUUCUUUAAUAGGUCACUUAAUAUGAUAUAAACUAUCUGUUGGUUAUGUAUUCAUUCUGGGGGUAUAGUUUUCCUUUAAUAUAUGUUUUUAUAUCUUAUCUUAUUGUAAGGUAUUGUUUUCCUUUAAAAAAAAAAAGGACCAAUUUAACUUACCAGCUUUUAGAAAAUAAUGAUUAUAUAAUAAAAUUAUUCAAAUGAUGUAAAAUAAAUGGCAAGUUUAUAUCGUAA